AUGAGCCUGGGGGCCCCCAAAGGCUGCUGCGGGGGCAGUUUAGCUGGGGGCCCCCCCCUGGCUCCUGGGGGGCCCCCCCCGGCGUCUCAGCCCCCGCCCCCAGCGCCCGUGGCAGAAGCUGCUUCGGAAGCGCCCGAAGCAGCAGCAGCAGCUUCUGCUGCAGCAGCCGCAGCAGCGCCCGCUGCUGCAGCGGCGUCCGCAGCCGCUGCUGCUGCAGCAGCGUCCGCAGCAGCAGCAGCAGCAGCAGGAGUUGCUGCGAUCCCGGGCUUCGACAUGGCAGCAGUUCUCCGGGACCGCCAGCUGCUGCAGCUGCUGCAGCUCUCUUACCCCAUUUCCAUUGUUGCUGCAAUGACUCCUAAAAGGGCCAUUGGCAUUUCCAACAAACUUCCCUGGCCUCCUUUGCCUCCGGACUUCAAACACUUUUCCCACCUCACUCAGUUCACCCGCCCCAGGGGGCCCCCCGGGGGCCCCCCUGACGCGGGGGGGGCCCCCUGGGGGCCCCUGCCCUGGGGGGCCCCUGCGGGGCCUCCACACACCCCAGGGGCCCCUUCAGGGGCCCCUGCACCACCCCUGGGGGGCCCCACCACCUUCGGGGGGGCCCCAAGUGGGGCUUCCGCUGAAGCGGGGGCCCCUGGGGCCUCCUCUGGCCAGGGGCCCCCGGGGGCCUCCUCUGGGGGGCCCCCCACGGGGGCCCCCACGGGGGCCCCCCAGGGGGCCCCCCAGGGGGCCCCCCAGGGGGCCCCCCAGGGGCCCCCCCAGGGGGGCCCCCGCAGGGGCGGUUAUUUGCUGAAUUGUGUUAUUAUGGGGCGAAAGACUUGGGAGUCUUUGCCUGCAAAUUCUAGGCCUUUAAAGGGCCGCGUGAAUGUGGUGGUUACUUCUUUUAAGACAGCAGAAGAGCUGCUGGCGUCGUCGGCAGCAGCAGCACCAGCAGCAGCGCAUAAGGGAGCAGCAGCAGCAGCAGCAGCAGCAGCAGCAGGUGCAGCAGACACGGGAGCGGCAGCAGCAGAAGGUUCAGCAGCAGCAGCAAAGCGAACAGCAGCAGCAGAGCCAACGGCGAAGGCAGCGCCAAAGGCAGCGAGUCCUCUAGCAGCAGCAGCAGCGACAGCAGCAGCAGCAGCAGCAGCAGCAGCAGCAGAAGGCCGCCCGCUGCUGCUGGUGGCCCCCUCGCUGCCUGCUGCGCUGCUGCUGCUGGAGCAGCAGUUCCUCGAUGUCUUGAACGAAGUCUUCAUAAUAGGAGGCGCCAAUCUCUAUGCCUCUGGGCUGGCCCUCGGGAUUGUUUCUACUCUUUACAUUACUCGCGUGGCUGUGGAGUUUGCUGCUGACGUUUUCUUCCCCCAGUUCGGCCCUCUGCAGCAGCAGCAGCAGCAGCAGGAGCAGCAGGAGCAGCAGCAGGAGCAGCAGCAGCAGCAGCAGCUGCUGCUGCAGCAUGGGGACUCGGGGCCGUGGGGCGGCUUGACGGAGGGGUUUGAGACAACUUACAUCAGCAAGAGCAAAGCCUACAAUGGCAUUCCUUAUGAUUUCGUUAUUAUGGAGAAGCAGCAGCAGCAGCAGCAGCAGCAGCAGCAGCAGCAGCAGCAGCAGCAGGAGCAGCAGCAGGCCGCGCUGGCUGCAGCAGCGAAACACCCGGCAGCAGCAGCUUUGGACGCGGCCGAGGGUUUAGGGUUUGCUGCUGCUGCUGCUGCUGCUGAGGGUUUUGUAAAAGUGCUGCCAGCUCUUAAGGGCCGCCACCACGAAGAGCUGCAGUACUUGGAACUAAUUGCAGACAUUUUCAACAACGGGCAGCAGCAGCCAGACAGAACCGGCGUUGGGGUAAAGUCUGUUUUCGGCCGUCUUAUGCGCUUUUCUCUGGAGGAGACAUUUCCUCUUUUGACGACCAAACGGGUUUUCUGGAAGGGGGUUGUGGAGGAGCUGCUGUGGUUCAUACGCGGUGACACCAACGUCAACAACCUGAGCAAGCGUGGAGUCAAGAUCUGGGACUUAAACGCUACGCGAGAGUUUUUGGAUAGUCAAGGGCUGACAGACAGAGAGCCAGGCGACAUAGGCAAGGCCGAGCUACGGCUUUCAGUGGAGGCACUUCGGCGCUGCCUACAAAGACAUGCACACAGACUACACCGGGUUUAG